AGGAUGCCGCUCAGUCCCUUAAGGCCUCGAUGAAGAACGGUGGCAAUUCUGCAGGGCCGAGCGGCAGCACAGACGGCCGCGGGGUCAAGAGGAAAGCUAACGACAGCGACAGCGAGCCGGAGCCGGAAGACGACGUCAGGUUGUGGGAGGACGGCUGGAGGCAGAGAUACUACAAGACGAAGUUUGACGUGGAGGCGACGGACGACGACUUCAGGCAGAAGGUGGUGCGGUCGUACGUGGAGGGACUCUGCUGGGUGCUGAGAUACUACUACCAGGUAACACUCAAAGCAUUGGGGGUGAAACACUUACAAUGAACUGGUCAAAGAGUC